UGUCUCUAAUUGGUGUGAUCCACGUCCCCCCUGUUGAGUUGCUGAAGACUAGUCUUGGCGCGGGAGAAGGAGAGAGUGGGGACAAGAUUCACGCAGAGAUCCGCAAGCAGGACUGUUUGGAAAUGAAGGAAAUAUAAACCGGACGCAAGAGAACCAAACUGAAGAAGAGAAAACAAGAGGGAAGCAAAGUUUCUUUUGCAGAAGUGUGGGGUGUCUUUCUUUUUCUGCGGACAUCGCUGCGCCUCGGAUUGACUCCGUGAUGGAAUGACACUUGGAGAGAGCGAGAGAGAGAGAGGAUGAUGAUGAUCAUGAUGAUGAUGAUGGACACUUUGGCACCGGAGCACCUGCUCAGAAAUCCCCCCGUUUACGCCCGGCGCGGUGCUGACCGAGCCCUCUGGACGGCCACCAGUCAUUUGUUUUGAAGUGGCAGGGAAAGCCUCCUCUUGAUCGUUUUCUUCCUCCCGCCUCGAGACGCACGCAUGCAGGCGAGAAGCGAGAGAUGGUGCGCGCAGCGAUUCCUCCGAGACUGACGUGCGCACUCAUCACGUUCCUGCUAAGGAGCGCGUGUUAAAGAGCUCCUUUUUCCAUUCACGCUCCUUCUGCUGCUCUGAACUUGUUGAGCGGCGUUCAAGAGCCAGGGGACGGGGAGUACACCUAUACACGAAAUCACCAGAAGGAAGAGGACCAUGAUUGACAGCUGGGCGAGCUGAGGAGAUCUGUCACUCAUCCUCCUCUCAGCGUGUCAGAGGGCUAUCUCCAUUCUGCCUCCCCCUUCCCCCCUUCCUCCUCCUCCUCCUCCUCCUCCCCCCCUUAUCUUCUCAAUGGGCUGGUAACCAGGCCAUCCCUCGUAGUUACCCACCACCCUGAGAAACCUCAAAAAGGGGCCAGAAGUCGUGACGAUAACACCACGACACGACUCUCACUCCACCCGAGGGGAGUUUGGCAUGCCUCCUCACUCCAGUUGAGUGAGUUGGAAUAAGUGGAAGUACAAGAGGGAUCCCUCGUUAGUUCCCCCCUCAGAACGAGACACAGGCCCCCGAGAGGGCGCCGAGAGAGGACCAGUCAUGCGCUUCCAUUUUGCGCUGACGCUGCAGGCGCUGUGGACCGGGGUUUGCCAGGCGGCCAUGCAGCACUACCCGGCGGCGUGGGGCCACUACGACGUCUGCAAGUCCCAGAUUUACUCGGACGAAGGCCUGACCUGGGACUACAUGGCCUGCCAGCCGGAGGGAGCUGACAUGACCCAUUACCUGAAGGUUUCUCUGGAUCCCCCAAACAUCACCUGUGGAGACCCUCCGGAGACUUACUGUGCCCUGGAGAACCCCUACAUGUGUAAUAAUGAAUGUGACGCCAGCACGGAGGAACUCGCCCACCCUCCAGAGCUCAUGUUUGACUUGGAGGGCCGCAACCCCACGACCUUCUGGCAGUCCACGUCUUGGAAGAAGUACCCGAAGGCCCUCUUGGUCAACGUCACGAUUUCUUGGAACAAGACCAUCGAGCUGACCGACGACAUCGUCCUCACCUUUGAGUCAGGCCGGCCCGAGCAGAUGGUGCUCGAAAAGUCGCUGGAUUACGGGCGGACCUGGCAGCCCUACCAGUUCUAUGCCACGGACUGCCUGGACGCCUUCACCAUGGAGCCCAAGACCGUGCAGGACCUGACUCAGCACACCCUGCUGGACAUCAUCUGCACCGAGGACUAUUCCCGAGGUUAUGUGUGGAAGUACGAUAAAAACGUGCGCUUUGAGAUCAAGGACCGCUUUGCGCUGUUUGCUGGGCCCCGGCUCCACAACAUGGCUUCGCUCUACGGCCAACUGGACACUACCAAGAACCUGCGGGACUUCUUUACCAUCACAGACCUGAGGAUCCGUCUGCUCCGGCCCGCGACAGGAGCUACGAUGGUGGACGAGAACAACCUCUCCAGAUACUUCUAUGCCAUUUCUGACAUCAAAGUCCAGGGCAGGUGCAAGUGCAACCUUCAUGCCAACAGCUGUGUAUAUGACAAAGAGAAGUUGGGCUGCGAGUGUGAACACAACUCCACUGGGCCUGACUGUGGUCGCUGUAAGAAGAAUUACCAGGGGCGAGCAUGGAGUGCUGGCUCCUACCUGCCUAUUCCCAAGGGCACAGCUAAUAUCUGUAUUCCUAAUAACAUUGCUCCAGUUAACUGUGAAUGCUUCGGCCACUCCCACCGAUGCAGCUACAUCGAGCUGCUAAACACCGUCAUUUGCGUGAGCUGUAAGCACAACACUAGGGGCCAGCACUGCCAGCUAUGCAAGCCGGGCUACUACCGCAAUGCCUCGGCAGAACUGGACGAUGACAAUGUUUGCAUAGAGUGUAAUUGUAAUCCCUUUGGCUCAGUCAGUGAUCGCUGUAAUGGCACAGGAUUUUGUAUAUGUAAGGAGGGCACGACAGGGCCUAAGUGUCAACAGUGUCUACCCGGCUAUUUGUGGGACGAUGGCUGCAAAUCCCGGGUUUGUGACAACGAGCUCCUGCGCUGCCAAAAUGGCGGGGUGUGCGUCAACAACGUCCGCUGCAGCUGUCCCUCAGACUACACAGGUCUGCUGUGUGAGAGCCCCCGCUGCGAGACGGAGUUGGGUGGCUGCGGGGGCCCCAACUCGGGCCAGGCCCCCCUGACGCCCCCAAGGCUGCUGCUGCUGCUGCUGCUGGGCUCGGCAGUGCUGAGAGAGGCCUGCUGCUGAGAGACCCAUGACCUGGUGAGAGUGAUAAACUCCACGCCUCCUCCACUUUAACCUCCCCCCCCUCCCUUUAAGAUAAUCAACAACCAUUAAACCAGAACAACCACGAGCUUUCUGGACUGUUCUGAGCUUCUCCGCCGCCGGACUCAAUGGACACUCGCGCUGCCGAUGAAGGGAAUGUGCCAGUCGAAUGAGUGCAACAUAUUUUUUUUAUUUAAUUUCAAAGAAUAUAUAGAAAUGAAUACAACAUACAUAUACUUCUAAAAAUGGCAGAUAUUAUAAAAGAAAAGAGAAAAAAAAGAAGAAAAGAGCGUUUGCCUAAUAAGAGUAAAAUGUGCAAAGAACAAUGAGGCCCCCUCCCCCUCUAAGCCAUACCAGGUACCAGGAGCUCCUUGCAGCUUAACCGAAGAUGGCGGACUCGUUCACUUCCCCUCUUAUUGCCACGGCAACAACAGCUGCGACCAAUCAGCACUCGAACGAGCCGGCAGUGGCCGCCGAGCCCCGCGGGACGCUUCUGCGAGUUAAUGUUGGCUGGACUGACGCUGAAGAAACCUCAAAGAAGUUGUCCGCGCUGAGCGGCUCACCGGUUGGCCCCCGAAAAAAGAGAAAGAAAAGAGGAAGAGACACGUGAAGCAUUCUUUGCUGUCAGUGCAUUGUAGAUAGAAGGAAAUCUGUCCGGACUGCCACUUUGUGACACAUAGAAAGUAAACCUUGCCCACAUUGAUCCCUCUCUAGCUUUCUGUCCCCCCCCCCUCCUCCUCCCCCCUCCCCCGAGCUCUCUCAUCCGCCCUCCUGUUCAUCCUCCCUACACCAAACCCCCUCGCCAUGCUGCCACAGACCUGUGCUUUUUGUGAACGUUACUCUGUAAACCCUCGUUGGUUGAAAGAUUCUUUUGUCCGAUGUUAGUGAUGCACAUUGUGUAAAGAAACCCCUCGCCCUCCCACCCCCUCCUGCAAAAAGAUACUCCAAUAAAGCCGUCUGAUUCUUUUUCUAUCUCAGAGCCGCCACGCUCCCUGCGAUUAUGGUCCGAGGAUAGUUUUUUCACCCGAGCAGACGAGAAGUGCAGAGAAAAACCAUCAAGUUCUUUUCUCGACAGAGCAAAAUAAAUUACAAUUAAAACUGAUGUAAUCCUUUUGUAUCUUUGCCGAACUGUGAUUGAAAAAAAGGCAACCUUUAAUGUAUCUAUUUAAAAAACAUCCAAAUGCAGAAGCAAUUGUUUAUGGUUUUCUUAUGAUUUCCAUUUCUUUCUUUCACUUAUUUUAUUUGUCAAUAUUACUUUUAGUUGUGCAGUUGAUUUUCCUUUGUAUUGGCAAACGUGCUGGCAUCAAAGAAUAUCAGUUUACAUAUACAGUAUUAAUAGAGUGUAAUAAAAUCCCACCAAAGGACAUUAUAAAUGUUUUUGUUCUUGCUUUAACACUUGAGAAUUUAAGUGAAUAAAAGUUCAAAAAUGUAA